CUUUCUGACUUCUUCAAUUCCCCUCCCCCCCUCAUCCAAGUAUCCAUUUUUCAUUUCGAUUUCAUCUUUCUCUUUCUAUCUCUCCAGCAAAAUCAUCCAUCAUCCAUCAUGGUCAACGACAGUCAGGGUUCCUUCCUUAACCGGAUAAGCAUCCGUCGGAAUCAGGUCGUCUCUAUGGACGGCAACCACGAGCAGGAACUCGAAGACAUCGAGCUUUUCCAGAAACACGUUGCCGAUCGUUUAGCUGACCUCUUACCUCCUCCGGCUGCGGCGGCCACCGCAGAUACAACCCACGAGCCAUUCGGCGGCGAAGCCAUCUUAUCAAUCGCUUGGUACAGGAAGCUUCUAGACGCAUUUCUCUGUUGCGAUGCGGAAUUCAAAGCCGUCUUGUUAAUGGGUCGAGACAAUUCUCAAUUCGGAAAACCACCAUUAGAUCGUCUCAUCCUUGAGCUUCUCGAUCGUGCCGUUAAAUCUCUCGAUAUCUGUAACGCCAUCACUCAUGGUGUUGAUUUGCUUCGACACUGGCAGAAACUAGCUCAAAUAGCAGUCGCCGCCCUCGAACAGCGCCCGAUCGGUGAAGGACAGGUGAGGAGAGCUAAAAAAGCCCUAUCCACUCUCCUCAGUUCAAUCGCGGUUGACGAUAAGGAACAGAACCAUCACGGAAAAUCAACGGAGAGAAGCUGGUCGUUCGGGCGGCGAGGAAACAAAGACAGGAACACCGCCGCCCCCUUCCGUCCUCUUUCGGCUACGAUCGCUAAGACCUGGUCGGCGGCAAAACAGAUCCAGGCGAUGGCCUCCAAUCUGAACGCUCCACGCGGCGGGGAACCGACGGGACUAGCCCUUCCGAUUUACAUACAGAGCGUGGUUAUGGUUUUCGUGAUGUGGGCACUGGUGGCGGCGAUUCCUUCACAGGAACGUGCUGGGCUUUUAACCCAUUUUCCGGUGCCUCGACAGUUCCCAUGGGGGCAGUCUUUGAUCGGACUUCAGGAUAAGAUCGGCGAGGAAUGGAAGAAGAAGGAGAAGAAAGGGACGGCGGGAUUGUUGGAGGAGACGCAGAAGAUAGAGAAGUUGUGUCAAUCGCUGGUGGAAUUUGCGGAGACGUUUCAAUAUCCAGGGGAGGCGGAGAAGGUGGAAGAAGUGGCGGGGCAGGUGGCGGAUCUGUCGGAGAUAUGUCAGAGGAUGGAGGAAGGAUUGGUUCCAUUGCAGCAACAGGUGAGAGAGGUGUUUCAUAGGAUUGUUAGGAGCAGAGGAGAAAUUCUUGAAUUGACUGAUCAAGUUGGCAAAGUCUCUGCACCGGUUCCUUACUAGCUAGCCAUUGAUGAUAUGAUCUGAUGGUAGAUCGUUUCAAGCUUCAAUUCCAUUUAUAUAUAAGUUAAAUUCAAUGCUUUUUUGGGUCAUGAAGGAGAUUGAUAGCUCUAAUCAUGUCUGGUUAGAUAGAUGUAAGUCUGUUCGUCCGUCCACAAGAAGAAGAAGAUGAAGAACAAGUUUUUAUCUUUUUUGUUUUGUUUUGUUUAUAGGGAAAGCAAUCAAGCAUAUAUAGAUAGAUAGAUAGAGUUCAGUUUGGCAGAAGGAUGCAUGCAAGUUCAUUUGAUUCUUUUAAUAUUUUGUUUUCGUCAUGUGACUGUUGGGUAUAUAUAUAUAUAUACAUAUGAAAGUUCAAAUAUAUUCAUUUGCAGGUUCCA